GGCAGCGGCUGCGGAGCGUCGGGGUGACCGAGCGAGCGGCGUCAUGAGCGGCUACAGCAGCGAGGAGCGCGCGGCGCCCUACAGCCUCGAGUACCGGCUCUUCCUCAAAAAUGCAAGUGGAGAGUAUAUAUCACCAUUUCAUGACAUUCCGAUUUACGCAGACAAGAAUGUGUUCCACAUGGUUGUGGAAGUACCUCGAUGGACAAAUGCGAAGAUGGAGAUCUCGACAAAGGAUCCUUUAAACCCAAUUAAGCAAGACGUCAAAAAGGGAAAACUCCGCUAUAUUGCCAACGUCUUCCCUCACAAAGGUUAUAUCUGGAACUACGGGGCCAUCCCUCAGACCUGGGAAGAUCCGGGACAUAAAGACCAGCACACUGGCUGUUGUGGAGACAACGACCCAAUUGAUGUCUGCGAGAUUGGGAGCAAGAUAUGUCUGAGAGGAGAAGUGAUCAAAGUGAAGGUUCUGGGCAUAUUAGCGAUGAUUGAUGAAGGUGAAACAGACUGGAAGGUCAUUGCAAUCAACGUGGAUGAUCCUGAUGCUGCUAGCUAUAAUGAUAUUAGUGAUGUCAGAAAGCUGAAACCUGGUUAUCUAGAAGCAACUGUGGAAUGGUUUAGAAAGUACAAGGUGCCUGAUGGGAAACCAGAAAACGAGUUUGCUUUCAAUGCAGAAUUUAAAGAUAAGGAGUUUGCCACUGACAUCAUUAAAAGCACCCAUGAUCACUGGAAGGCGCUGGUGGCGAAGAAGACAGACGGAGGAGGAAUCAAUUGCAUGAACACGACCGUGGAGGAUAGUCCCUUCAGGUGCAGCGUGGAAUCUGCCAAAGCCGUUGUAGAUACCCUGCCGCCACCUUGUGAAUCUACCUGUGUCAUCCCCACAGACGUGGACAAGUGGUUUUAUUACCAGAGCAGCUGAUUUCCUUCAGGAAGACCAGUCAGCAUUGCUGCGUUCCCUUGAUCAGGAAACCCUAGAUUCCAGAGUCAUAGCUUUGUAAUGGAGAGCUUUGAGGAGGCGGCUGUAUUGAAGCCAAAUUCCACGUCACUAGUUAUAUCCAUGUCACCUAUCCGGAAUGUUCCGUCCUCCUUGUCCCCUGCCUGCCUAACAACCAAAUGCAUCCCCAGGGCUGGGCCAUUUGUGGAGAACUAGCAUGCUUUGGGUGUUUGUGUUUGCCCUAUGGUAGGAAAUAAAAUUAUUUUGCUGAAGCUCCAA